ACCAAAAAUGCUCUGACUUUACGAGGACGUGUGGCAUUCAUGAAGUGAUACUUGGAAUUCCAAAACAGCACCCAGAAACCAACGUCUUGCAUGGCUUUGCAGUCUUCUUGAAUUUUCAUUACUCACAGUUCUUUAUUCAACAAUCAUAUUACUAUUCAAAUUCUUGAUAUUCGCAGUUCAUGGAUUGUAGAGGAAAGAAGAAGUGACAAGAGGGAAACUCUGCUGUAAGUAUAGCCUUUGCAUGUUAAGAGUGGUUCAAUCAGAAUUCAAGUGAUUGGCAAAGAGAUGGAUUAGGCUAGUGAUUUAAUCAAGAGAUAGAAAUUAUGGGUUCUGAGUUCCAUCUAUUUCUGUGCCGGGCUGAGACCAGGAGAGCAUUAUGGCUAAUGGGAAGUGUGUUUGCAUUUGUCAUACUAGUUCAAUACUUACAACUUCCAUAUGGAACCCUUAUAGGAUCCCUAUUUUCUGGUUUAAAUUCCAAUAAAAUGAACAAUAAUAAUGCACAACUCAAUGUUACCGCGGGAUUUGAUGGGAAAAUCAAGAUAAACGACUACAAUUUUUCGACUGAGUCAAAGACGAUUGGUAAUCCUGAAGAUACAACUUUAAUUCAGCAGUCCACACAGCCGAAUGAUAGUUCUGGAGUGGAAUUGCUUAAACCAAACAGGACGUUAGCACCAGAUAAAGCUAAGGAAGUUGGCUACAUAUUCAAUGGUAAUAAUGAAAAUGUAGCCCCGAUGUUUGAAGAACAAAGCAAAGAUGAUAUUGUCCCUCUAGCCUCUAACGUCGCAUCAUCGCCAAUGAUUUCACCAGCUCCCUCUGUUUCGCUUACACAAGUUAAUGAUAAUUUGACCACUCGGGGUAGUUCUCAUAAUCGCCAUGGUGCCACAACUACUCAGAAUGAUGAAGUAGCUGUGAUCGUCCCUUUAAACUCGAAUGCUACAUCACAGCCCAUGAAUUUACCAGCUCCCUCUGUUUCACUUAGACAUGUUGGUGAUAAUUCGACUGCUCUGGCUAGUUCUCAUAAUCCCUAUGAUAUCACCACUACUCCAAGAAAUGGUUCCACUACGACCAACUCCCCGGCUGUGAAGGAAGCGACAGAUAGGCCAGUGGAAGAAGUAGUGUCAAUAUCUGAAAUGACUAAAAUGAUGCUCCGGAGUCAUCCCUCGAGCCUUCUAACGAAGCCAAUGUGGUCUUCGGCCAGUGAUGAAGGAUUGCGGAGUGCAAAGUCACAGAUCGAAAGUGCAGCCAACAUUAUCAGUGAUCCAGGCCUACAUGCACCAGUUUAUCACAAUGUUUCAAAAUUUAAAAGGAGCUAUGAGUUAAUGGAACGGAGUCUCAAGGUUUACAUAUACAGGGAGGGAAAGAGACCAGUAUUUCAUCAACCAAGGCUCAAGGGCAUCUAUGCUUCAGAAGGUUGGUUCAUGCAGCAGUUAAAAGCAAGCCAGCAUUUCCUUACCAAUGACCCAAACAAAGCACACCUAUUUUACUUGCCCUUUAGUUCUCAAAUUUUGGGAGAAGUUGUGUAUGUGCGCGGUUCUCACAGCUUCACCAACCUAAAAGCAUAUUUGAAGAACUAUGUUGAUUUGAUCAAGGGAAGAUAUCCAUUCUGGAACAGAACACAAGGAGCUGAUCAUUUUCUUGUUGCUUGCCACGACUGGGCCCCAGAAGAAACUAGGCAUGAGAUGGCCAAUUGCAUAAAGUCUUUUUGCAAUGCUGAUUUGAAAGAAGGAUUCAAGUUAGGAAAGGAUGCUCCUCUACCGGAAACAAAUAUUGGCUCAGCUGAUCCCUCGAGAAGCCUUGGAGGCAAACGUCCUAGUCAACGAGAAUUCCUUGCUUUCUUCGCAGGCAGUAUGCAUGGGUAUGUCCGUCCUAUUCUUUUAAAGUACUGGCAAAACAAAGAUCCAAACAUGAAAAUCUUUGGGCGGAUGCGCAAGACUGACUACAUCCAGCACAUGAAGAGCAGUAGAUACUGCAUUUGUGCAAGAGGUUAUGAAGUCAACAGUCCACGAGUCGUGGAGGCUAUUUCAUAUGAGUGCGUUCCCGUGAUCAUAUCUGAUAACUUCAUACCACCAUUUUUGGAGACAUUGAACUGGGAGUCCUUUGCUGUUUUCAUCCAAGAGAAGGACAUUCCUAAUCUAAAGUCUAUACUCGAAUCGAUCCCACUAAGAAGAUAUGUGAAACUGUAUCACAAUGUGAAGAAGGUACAACAACAUUUCCUUUGGCAUCCUGAACCUGUAAAGUAUGACAUUUUCCACAUGAUACUUCAUUCUAUUUGGUACAAUAGAGUUUUCCAGAUUGCAUCCUAGCUAGUUUUGUUUAUCAUCAUCUUGUGCUUUGGAAAGGAAAGCAGAGUACAUAAAUGUGAGCACAUUAUUUCGAUUUAUUGCCAAGAAACUUGCUAUUAGAGUUUUUUGUUUACGC